UGUCUCUCUGGAAAAAAUGGCCCAUGAUGAGUAUCAGGUAAUAAGCAUUGCGCGAGUGAUUUUUUUUUGUUUUUGUCAAAUGCAUUCAAUCAGCAUUCGGUCUGAUCGAUAUGGUUAAAUUAAGUUGGAUAAAUUAUCGCUUCGACGGUCAAUGAUGCACCUCGUACAGCAAAAGAUCAUUCGACUGCAGCAAGAAUACUCUGCACGCUCGGCCUCUCAAGACUCUUCCGUAUCCGACGAUUCCUCCGAUGGGAUGUCCCCCACGCGACCUAGUGUGAUUUAUUCUUUGCCAUUAGGUCUUGGGAAAAAGGACAUACAGAAGGAUUUACACCUUGCCCGUCAAGUCGCUGGUGCCGUCACCUCUUAUGCUUCGAUAGACUCAUUGACACCGCCCAUUGACCAACCUAAGAGACGCUCAUUUUACAGCAGCAGCUCCAAAAAUUCAUCACAGCCUCUCCAUGGAGGAGAACAUGACCAUCAUCCAAAUCGACGAAACAAUCCUGCUACGACAGUACGAAAUCAAAAUGCUGCUGACAGUGCAGCCAUUGUUCACCAUACUGGCGGUCAAGACGCUUUGACUCGCUUGAGCACCCCAGCGCUCAAGGAGCGUACAUCGCAAGCUCCCUUUCGGGCCAUCCCCAUGGUCGCUCCAGUAAACAUAUCUGCAUCCUAUCCUUCUUUGUGCAUUUAAACCAUCGUAUCUAUUUUCGCGUUAUACCAGAUUGCUUCCUCUAUCUCUCCCUCUCCCUACGUCGUUGUGACAAGUAAAAAAAACAAAAAACAAAAAACAAAAAACCAAAAAAAAAACUAUCGCUAACUAUUAGUCCAUCAACUAGCUCUAUCACCCAUAAUGAAUCUGUGCGUAGGCUAUGAUGAUGUCAUGAAAGAAAG